AUGGCCUUUCCUGGCAAGAUGAUGUCUGACAUUUUCAUUUUUUCUCUGCUUCUCUUUCUUGAGAAGGAAAUAGCUGUGAUUGGACUCUAUGGAGAAUACCCAAGUACACAGAAAGGCCCACUUGGUCUUGAACCACAAGACAAACCCCAGUGUCAAUCCCAAGACACUGGACCUGUCCAAACUAAGCAGCCAAUAUAUAAUGAAAAGGAAAACCAGACACAAAAUCCUGAGCAAGAUCAAGGUCAUGGCCAAGAUGAAACUAACACUGGACCUGUCCAAACUAAGCAGCCAAUAUAUAACGAAAAGGAAAACCAGACACAAAAUCCUGAGCAAGAUCAAGGUCAUGGCCAAGAUGAAACUAGAAUGCCAGGGGAAAAUUCAAAUAAAGAACCAAUGCCACUCUAUGAUAGACAACAAG